CAAUGCCAGAGCCAGACGGCGAGUCCCUAAUCGAAGUCUCAGAAAGGUUGGUUAGUGGUUUGCUCGGCGAUCUCCAUGGCAGGUGCUGUGAGAAUGACGAUGACGGCGAUGCUGGUGAUACUAGGGGCAAUCUCUCUGUAUUGUGCUGAAGCUUCCACUACGGCUGAGUUUGUGCAUAACACCAUCACGUCCCACAAGAUCGUCAUCUUUUCCAAGUCCUACUGCCCGUACUGUCGAAGAGCAAAAGGUGUUUUCAAAGAGCUAAACCUUGAACCACAUGUCGUUGAGCUUGAUGAGAGAGACGAUGGCUCAAAGAUUCAGGAAAUUUUGGUUAAUACUGUUGGGAGGCGUACAGUGCCACAGGUCUUUAUUAAUGGAAAGCACCUUGGUGGCUCGGAUGAUACUGUUGAAGCCUAUCAGAAUGGGAAACUGGCAAAGCUUCUGGGAAUCGAGACAGAGGUUGAUGAUGAUUUAUGAAUCAGAUUACUAAUAGUUGGAAAUUUGUAAUUUUAAUUUGAGCCCAAAAUGAAAUUGUUGCAUGUGAGGGUUGACCCUAUAUUAUGCUUUGGUAGAACAGGCUCUUUCAUCUAGAUCAUUUGAGAUUUUGAUCAAUAAGUUAAGGCGUAAUCACUCUUGAAUCGGUUUAUCUCAAUUAAUAGAAAAUACAAUUGUUUUUGAGCAA